AUGGCCAUGGCUGUCGACAACCGCCAGCAAGGCCCGUUCCAAUCCAUGAAGUACGAACCGCACGCCAUGGGCUACGAAGGGAUGCGCUACCAAGCUCCUGCCCCUCCGCAGUUCACGAACCCGUGGGUGUCGGGCGCGCCUGCCAACCAGAGUCACAUGUACGCGACGUCCAUGCCACAGACCGACUCUCACCGCUACGCGCCGCCCACACCCAACGUGUCGUCCGCCUACUCCACCGCGCCCAUGGCCACGUCUGCCCUGGCAUCAGGUAUUCUUCCCAUGGACCCAGACCUCUUCAAUCAGUCCAACUUACAGAUGUCCCAAGAUGGCAUGACAACCUCCAGGCCGUACGCCCCUCCCUACUCGUCGACUGCCACGUCCGGCAGCUACGCGGCAACCUCUGGCCCGUACUCCUCUGCCCCUUACGGCUACCAGACAGAUCGUCGGACUUCCCACCCGUCAGUUGCCUCCUCCAUGGCCAUGGACGACCCCUCGCAGGCGCAGGCGGUGCCCCAGCAAUCACUUAUUGACAUCAAUAACAGGCUGAACACUGCGUCAGAAGCCGAGCGACAGAGCUGGAGUGAUGCCCUCGACGCCAGCCGCGGAAUGGUUGCCAUGAGCCAGUCCGACAUCACCCCGCGGAACAUCUACGGCGGCGCGCACCAGAGCGGCCGAAGCUCCACCGACUCAUACGGCUUCCCGUCGGCACACUCGUCGCACUCCUCAAUCUCGUCCGCCAGCACAUAUCCUUCGUCGUACUACAACAGCUCGGUCAGCGAAGCUUCUGUCGGCGAUUACAGCUCAGCAAGCGAGAUGGACAUUCCAAACCCUCGCACUCUACCGAGACCCAACGGACUCGUGGGUGGUACCAUGCCUCCAGCGCCCUCUACCAUGAUGGGCCAGUUCAGCUCGAAAGUCUCGUCGAGCUCGCAGAAGAAGCACAAGUGCAAGAUUUGCGACAAGCGCUUCACGAGGCCGAGUUCACUUCAGACGCACAUGUACAGCCACACGGGCGAGAAGCCCUUCGCAUGCGACGUCGAGAACUGCGGCCGCCAUUUCUCAGUCGUCUCCAACCUGCGGCGACACCGCAAAGUACACAAGGGGGAAGGCCACGACCACCCUUCUCCGGAUGAUGACGACUAG